AUGCCGCCCCGCCGCGCCCAGCCCCCCGGUGCGCAGCUGCUGCCCGCGCUGGCCCUGCUGCUGCUCGGCGCGGGGUCCCGCGACGGCUGCCGGGCCAGCCCGGUGCCCGCCGAGCCCCUGCCCGCGCCGGGGCCGUGCGCCGCGCAGCCCUGCCGGAACGGGGGCGUGUGCACCCCGCGCCCCGCGGCCGCCCCGCAGCACCCGGCCGUCGCCGGAGAGCCGGGCUACAGCUGCACCUGCCCCGCCGGGGUCUCUGGAGCCAACUGCCAGCUCGUUGCAGAUCCUUGCGCCAGCAACCCUUGUCACCAUGGCAACUGCAGCAGCAGCAGCAGUAGCAGCAGCAGCAGCAGCAGCAGCAGCAGUGUUGGCUACCUCUGCAUUUGCAAUGAAGGCUAUGAAGGUCCCGACUGUCAACAGGCACAUCCCAGUAUCCCAGCCUCGGGCUGGACGGAGUCCAUGGCCCCCAGGCAGCUUCAGCCUGUCCCCGUUACCCAGGAGCCUGACAUAAUCCUGCCCCGCUCUCAGGCAACAGUGACACUGCCAACCUGGCAGCCGAAAACAGGGCAGAAAGUUGUAGAGAUGAAAUGGGAUCAAGUGGAGGUGAUCCCAGAUAUUGCCUGUGGGAAUGCCAGUUCUAACAGCUCAGCGGGUGGCCGUCUGGUUUCCUUUGAAGUGCCGCAGAACACCUCAGUGAAAAUUCGGCAAGAUGCCACGGCUUCGCUGAUUUUGCUGUGGAAGGUCACGGCUGCAGGAUUUCAACAGUGCUCCCUCAUAGACGGACGAAGCGUGACCCCCCUCCAGGCUCCGGGGGGCCUUGUCCUCUUGGAGGAGAUGCUCACCUUGGGGCAUAAUCACUUCAUCGGUUUUGUGAAUGAUUCUGUUUCUAAAUCUAUCGUGGCUUUGCGCUUAACUCUGGUGGUGAAGGCCAGCACCUGUGUGCCAGGGGACAGCCAUGCAAGUGACUUGGAGUGUUCAGGAAAAGGAAGAUGCAACACGAAGCCAUCGGAGGCGACUUUUUCCUGUACCUGCGAGGACCAGUACGUGGGCACUUUCUGUGAAGAAUAUGACGCGUGCUGGAGGAAACCCUGCCAGAACAACGCAAGCUGCAUUGAUGCAAACGAAAAGCAGUAUGGGGGCAAUUUCACCUGCAUUUGCCUUGCCGGUUAUACUGGAGAGCUUUGCCAAUCCAAGAUUGAUUAUUGUGUCCUAGACCCAUGCAGAAAUGGAGCAACAUGCAUUUCUAGCCUCAGUGGAUUCACCUGCCAGUGUCCAGAAGGAUACCUCGGCUCUGCUUGCGAAGAAAGGGCGGACCCGUGCGCGUCGUCGCCGUGCCAGAACAACGGCACCUGCUCCGCGGCCGGGGCGCGCUACACCUGCAGCUGCGGCGCGGCCUUCACCGGCCCGGCCUGCGCUCAGCUCGUGGACUUCUGCGCGCUCAGCCCGUGCGCUCACGGCGCCUGCCGCAGCGUGGGCACCGGCUACAAAUGCCUCUGCGAUCCAGGUUACCACGGCCUCUACUGUGAGGAGGAAUAUAACGAAUGCCUGUCCGCUCCGUGCCUGAACGCUGCCACCUGCAAGGACCUGGUUAAUGGCUAUGAGUGUGUGUGCCUGGCAGAAUACAAAGGAAUACAUUGUGAGUUGUACAAGGAUCCCUGUGCUAACAUCAGCUGUCUGAACGGAGGCACCUGUGACAGUGAAGGCCUGAAUGGCACCUGUGUCUGUGCACCAGGGUUUAUAGGUGAGGAGUGUGACAUUGACAUUAAUGAAUGUGACAGCAACCCCUGCCAUCACGCCGGAACCUGCCUGGACCAGCCCAAUGGUUAUACCUGCCACUGCCCACAUGGCUGGGUGGGAGCGAACUGUGAAAUCCACCUCCAGUGGAAGUCCGGGCACAUGGCCGAGAGCCUCAGCAACAUGCCUCGGCACUCACUCUACAUCAUCAUCGGUGCCCUCUGUGUUGCCUUCAUCCUGAUGCUGAUUAUCCUGAUUGUGGGGAUUUGCCGCAUCAGCCGCAUCGAGUACCAGGGCUCUUCCCGGCCCGCCUACGAGGAGUUCUACAACUGCCGCAGCAUCGACAGCGAGUUCAGCAAUGCCAUCGCGUCCAUCCGGCAUGCCAGGUUUGGAAAGAAAUCCCGGCCUGCGAUGUAUGAUGUGAGCCCUAUCGCCUAUGAAGAUUACAGUCCUGAUGACAAACCCUUGGUCACUCUGAUUAAAACAAAAGAUUUGUAA